AUGGAGAACACUAUCAAGACAAACACAAAAAUCGGCAAGAAGACGGGAGAUGACAAUAAGCUGCGGAUGGCAAAAUCUCGCCAGAAGAAGCUUGAUGACAGGAUGGGAGUGCAGGUGAGUGCGACAGGAGGCAGAUUCAAGCUGAGCCGUGAUCGGGUUGGAUGGCAUGAUUCCAUGCGAGCUGAGAUCGAAGUUCCAGCAGACGAGAAGGGGGUAUCCAUUCACAUUCCGGAUGCACCAGACUUGAGAUUCCCCGGGCCGCUGCUUUCCCUGGAAGACGUGACGUUUCAAUAUCAACGGGGCGGCCCAGUGGUGCUCAAGUCCAUCGACCUUGUGAUGCAUAUGGGCGACCGCGUCGGCAUCCUGGGCCUCAACGGAUGCGGGAAGUCGACACUGCUGAAACUGCUUGUGGGCUCGAACGAGCCCACGCAGGGAAAGAUAUCUCGACACCCCCGACUGAAACUGGGUUAUUACUCCCAGCACUCGGUCGAGGAGCUCCAGGAGCUCGGAAGGUCGUCCCCGACAGAGACAGGUCUCAGCCUACUGUGCAGGGAGACUGAAGGCGUGCUCGACGAAGGAGAGGUUCGAGGCAUGCUCAGUUCGUUGGGGUUACCUGGACGGACGGCGUCAGACGUGCCCGUCUGCCAGCUGUCGGGGGGGCAGCUGGUUCGGCUUGCCCUUGCCCGGAUACUAUGGCAGAUGCCGCACAUCUUGGUACUGGACGAGAUAACAACGCAUCUUGACUUCCACACUGUCCUUGCCCUGGCUGCAGCGCUGUCGUCGUAUAACGGCGCGCUUCUGCUCGUCUCCCACGACCGAUACCUGGUUCGGAAGGUAGUGGAAGGCAAGGAGAACCUAGACGGCGACGAUGGUGGGACAGAACAUGAGCCCAAGGGCCACACCGAAGCCAUGGACGAGUCUAAACGCCGAGAUGUCGUCGUGCUCAAGUCAGGCAAGCUGCAGCUGCAGGAGGAUGGAGUCGACCAGUUUGAGGUCAGCCUUCAGAAACGGGUCCGAAAGAUGAUAGCCUAG